AUGGUAACCUCCUACCUCCGUAAGAAUCAUGGUGCAAUUUGCAUUGAAUACUGUACCGACAAAAACGUUCUUUGUAAUCGAGUUUGCUCUAAAGAACGGUCCUCAAACGUCCAAUUUCUAGACUUAAAUAGCGGUCACAAUAUGUUGUCUUCGGCUGCAAAAAGUAUCGCAUCAUCUAAAACGCCUAUCACUCCAGGUGUAAUCGAUAAAACUCUUCAAGGUACCUAUCCAAUGUCGCCUGUAUCUCUGACCCUUAUUUUUGGUUCACCGUCGCUUAUUGGUCUCUUACCUUGGCAGAGUAGCUGUACUGAAAUAUUGUGA